AUGUAUGGUUUGACGAUUAUUACUGUUCUUAUGAUGUUAAUACAUCCAGUAGUAAGUUCCAUCUAUACCCCUAUGGCUGUUACUAUUCCAGCACGUGGUAAAGAAUGUUUGUAUUAUGAUAUGCAAAAGGAUGAUGAUGUUCUUGUUGUGAGUUAUCAAGUACUUACAGGUGGCGAUUUUGAAAUAAAUUUCCAAAUUACUAGUCCCGAUGGUGAGCAAUUGGUUGAUGAGAAAAGGAAGAAAUAUUCAGAUUUCUUAUUGAAAUCGUUUGGUUUGGGUCCUUAUGAAUUUUGCUUUGAUAAUGGGUUUGACGGUAUUGAAAAGAAAGUCGAGUUCACUCUAGAAUUGGAAAAUAAUGUUCUCAAAGCUGAGACUAAUGAAGAAGAUAUGAUGGCCAAUAAUUCUAUUGAAGAAAUCGAUAGAAAUAUUGAUAAAAUUAGUAAAAUGUUGAAAUAUUUAAGGGCAAGAGAAUGGAGAAAUAUGUAUACAGUGGAAUCUACAAAAUCUAGAUUAAGAUGGUUAUCUCUGUUAGAUAUGUCUCUUAUGGCUGGGAUUAGUUGUAUACAAGCAAUAAUUAUCGAACUUUUCUUCAAGAAUCGUAAUUCUAAUUAUGUUUGA